CCGUGGUGGAAGCGAGAGUGUUGCUCGUCAGCUCCGCGCUCACUUUUCUGCUGCUCGAACAGAACCCAUCGUAUUCAGUGAUUUUCUCGAAAACCAAUAUUCACGCAAGUUGACACUGCUUGAAAGUGCAGCGUAUAAUACCGUAAAUCAUUUUGUGUUUCCUUGUUUCGAUUUUAACUGCUUUAUUUGAAACGUUUUGCCUUUACAACUUCACAGUGAGAAAAAUAAUACAGACCCUUUUUGCGUGUGGCGUGGCUUAGUAAAUGCACCCUCGCCAGCGAAGAGGGUCAGCAUGGACAUCGAUUGAGCGCAGGCAAGACAAGAAAUCAGUGUCGUGGGAGGUGUGUGCCCAGGCAGGCCGAGGAAGCGUGGAUCCCGUGCCAUCAGCUGGUCUCUUACCUCCGCCAGGUGGAGCGGCCACACCUGCGUUACAGCCUCACAUCCGGACGUGUCAUCCGCACAUCCGUCGACAUAGCCAACAGCCGUGCCCUGAGGCGUGGAGCUUCUAUUCUACAAGGUUGCGCUGCCUUUUGCCCGUCGUUCGUCGAGGCGUCUCUGCUUGCUUUUUCUCCAAGAUGAAUUAGCAUAAUUGGUGGCAGUGAUGUGUCGCAGGUGACGCCUGAGAGCCGAGAGAGGGACGACCAGCGCUGUCUGUCGGCUUAGGGGAACGACCUCCGCUCCGCCCGGACGGAACGACUCCACGCCCUCCGCAAGUGUCCGGAAGGAGGCCCCAACGCGAGAGUGAGCGGCGCGGCGCGGCCGUAGCGGACCUCCGCCUUCCCCUUCCUCCUCCUCCUCCUCCUCCUCCUCUUCCUCUUCCGUAUCCUCCGCCUCCUCCUGCAGCAGGAUGGUCUUCAUCAAGACGAUGCUGGUGCGGCGGCGCGGCGUGCUGCUCAAGCUGGUGGUGGCGCUGCCGGCCCUGUGGCUGCUGGUGAGCCUGGUCACGCUCUCCGAGAAGGCGGACAAGGGCGACGCCAUGGACCUCCCGCCCGCCGUGCAGGUGCGCCACGAGCAGAACAAGGUCAUCCGCAACGACCCCGUCAAGGAGCCGCCGCCGCCGCCGCCCGUGCACCCGCGGGCGCCCGUCGUCGAGAAGCAGCCGCCGCCUCCGCCGCCGGAGGUCAAGACGCACACCAAGACGGAGGAGCCGCAUGAGGUGCAUCCCCAGCAAGGCGUCCUCCUGCCUCCCCAGGAGCCCAACGGCCCCGGAGAAAUGGGCAAGCCCGUGGUGCUCCCGAAGGACCUCGAUCCUGAGACCAAGAAGAAGGUGGACGAAGGCUGGAAAAACAACGCCUUCAACCAGUACGUGUCGGACAUGAUCUCCGUCCACCGAUCCCUGCCCGACCCGCGCGACGAAUGGUGCAAGGCCCCCGGCCGAUUCCUGGAGAACCUCCCCGAGACGUCGGUGAUCGUGUGCUUCCACAACGAAGCGUGGUCGGUGCUUCUGCGGACCGUGCACUCCAUCCUCGACCGGUCGCCGCCGCAGUUCCUCAAGGAGAUCAUCCUCGUCGACGACAACUCCGACAUGCCCCACCUCAUGAAGCAGCUGGAGGACUACAUGGCGCAGUACCCGAAGGUGCGCAUCAUCAGGGCUCCGAAGCGCGAGGGCCUCAUCCGGGCGAGGCUGAUGGGGGCCGCCCACGCCACGGCGCCCGUCCUCACCUUCCUCGACUCCCACUGCGAGUGCACCACAGGUUGGCUGGAGCCACUGCUCGACCGCAUUGCCCGAGACCCCACUAACGUUGUGUGCCCGGUGAUCAACAGCCUAAAGGACGACACUCUGGAAUUCCAUUACCAUAAGGAUACGUCCAGGAUUUCCGUUGGGGGAUUCAAGUGGAACAUGAUCUUCAACUGGCACGCCAUCCCGCAGCGGGAGCGCGCCCGCCACCAGCACCCCGCCGAGCCCGUGCAGUCGCCCACCAUGGCGGGCGGCCUCUUCGCCAUCGACAAGGCCUUCUUCGAGCGCCUCGGCACCUACGACUCCGGCUUCGACAUCUGGGGCGGCGAGAACCUCGAGCUCUCCUUCAAGACGUGGAUGUGCGGCGGCACCCUGGAGAUCGUGCCCUGCUCCCACGUGGGCCACAUCUUCCGCAAGCGGUCCCCCUACAAGUGGCGCUCGGGAGUCAACGUGCUCAAGAGGAACUCCAUCCGCCUGGCCGAGGUCUGGCUCGACGAAUACAAGAAGUAUUACUACGAGAGGAUUGGCUACGACCUGGGCGACUUCGGCGACGUGAGCGAGCGGAAGAAGCUGCGCGAGGACCUGGGCUGCAAGUCGUUCAAGUGGUACUUGGAGAACGUGUACCCAGAGCUGUUCGUGCCCGGGGACGCCGUGGCUUCGGGAGAGGUUCGCAACUUGGGUGCUGGCGGGUCUACUUGCCUCGACUCCCCUGCACGCAGGGCUAAUUUACACAAAGCUGUGGGCCUCUACCCUUGUCAUAAGCAAGGGGGUAAUCAGUAUUGGAUGUUGAGCAAGGAAGGAGAGAUCAGGCGUGAUGAGGCGUGCAUGGAUUACGCUGGUGCUGACGUGAUACUUUACCCGUGCCAUGGAUCAAAGGGAAACCAAUACUGGGAGUACAACCCAGAGUCGAGUCGCAUCAUGCAUGGCAGCAGCAAGAAGUGUCUUGCAAUUUCUCAAGACAGGAAGAAACUCGCAAUGGAAGACUGCAAUUUAGAAGAAUCAAGACAAAAGUGGAAGUUUGAAAAUUAUGAUCCCAGCAAAAAACUAUGAAAACAGAUCAAAUAUUAAAUAAAUAUUUGUUUUGUUUAUAUAUUUUUUCAAGUGCCUGUGUAUUGAUUUUCAGUAGUAUGCUGAAGAAUGGGAAAGAGUUUCAAGUUGAAUUAUUUAACAGUGAAUUUAGGUCAAAUUUUUUGGAUGAGCCAAACUUCAAAUUCUUUCUCUGCAAUUGGUCAUCUUUAUCAUACCUUCUUGAUUUCGCUAAGAAAUUUUUAUGGUGGUUAAAUCACCUGCGGAAAUAUGCAGACCACUCGGUUCCCCAUCCGCACGAAUGCUGUAGGAAAGUUCACUGUGAACCAAGGUGUCAGGAUCAGUGAUCGCUGCGCAUGUCUUCUGCCACACUGUUGCUCUAGCUCUUAAAGGUUGUGAUCUAGAGGAUCUUCCUUUAGCUUUUUAUUCUACAGCUGGUCACUGAGACUCAAAACAGAAAAAGAAAAAAAAAAGGAUAAUUUCAUGUUGAAAGAAACAAUUUUUUUUUUUUCUGAUAACAUCUCGUGUUUCUGGUGAGAUUAUUUUUCUACUAAUUGCACUUCUGAUGUUCAUUUGAAAGCAAAGGCAGUACAUAACAGAAUGCUGAGUGUUUUGUACUGUUUUAGUCAGAAAGACUUUCUCGUGAUUAGUGUAUUCAUGAAAACCAUCAAAUGUCAUAAGAGGUUUAGCUAAGUGUGACACAACAAAAUAAAUUAAGAGGUAACUUGUAAAGGGAAGUUUGAGUACUAGCUCAGAAGUGGCCAGAAAUAGAUGUUGAAAACUAGUUAAAGUUAAAAUCCAUAAGGGAUUGAAUAAUUGGUGUUUGGUUUGUGAGAUAUUGAUAUGGUAAAUUCUAGUGGGGAUGUUCUAAAAAUAGUUGCAGCUGGAUUUAGUAUCAAUGAUACAGCUUAUGGAGAAGUGUGAAAUGGUUUUGAGACUGUUGGACCAAUGUACCAGUGAUGUGGUAGGUGGACAUGAACAAGUGUGCCUCUGUUGACUGUGCCAGAAAUAAGAAUUGCAGUUUGCGAUUAGAAGAAGUUGGUAACAUGCUUCUUAUUAGUGGCAGGAUUCAGAAUACUGGAUAUCCAGUAUGAAAUUUGAUGAUUGAAAAAUGAUUCACAGUUGCAAAUUAUGUUCUGAAAUAGCAAAACGUAGGACCAAUCUGUAAUAUUAUAUAGUGUGUGAAGAGUGACUCUGUGUGUUUACCAGUCUAAGAUACUUCAGAUUAUCUUAUCCAGAAUAGUGUAUUACCUCAUGUUAAUUUUGUUUUUCCUUGACUUCAGUACUGGUUACUGUAGUUUGAGUACCUUCUCCAUAUUGGUGCUUGGGAUCUACUCUUUGAUUUUUAGGGUAAAAAAAAUGUUUUGGGAAUAUGAUAAAUGGGUUUAAACGUUCCCAACUAGUAGUGUUUUGGGAAGAAACACUAAUUCUUGACUCUAUGCCCACAAUGUGGGAGAAGGAGAAAGACAAGAAACAGAUCAGGAAGGUGGUUGUCAAUUAUGUUGUGAUGUAAAUAUCCAGAUCCUGAUCCAGGCCUUUGCCAGGGAGGAAACAGUAACAAGACACAGAUAAUUCUAGAAAGAUUUGUCUAUGUAUACAGUCAAAUCUAUGUCCAUUAGCAGAAAAGUAGUAAAACUCAUUUCAAGUUUCCCCCUCCCCCCCUUUUUCUUUCUGUUCAUGUGUUUCACUUUUUAUGUAUAUUCACCAACACUGAUUUUCAUUAUUAUUACAUUCUAUAAUGUCUUCCUGAUCUGCAAUGUUAAGUCUUAUUAGACAGUUAACUCUUAUAUGUAAUUGUUAUUGCUUUCUGUGAUUUCUCUGUCCCAAUUCCCUUUUGUAUCAUCAGUGUGUGCAAUAAGCAAGACAUAUCCUCUUCAUAGGUUAAAAUUCAUCAUCAAUUUUUCUGUUUCCAUUUUCGUUUAACUGCCAACACUUGAAGAAUGUCAGGAAUGCUGUACUUUUGAAGAUAUACACACAAUGGGGACAGCUUUAAGAUUCAUGAAAGUUAUAGGAGUGUAUUUUUCGUUGCUUUCUGUUUUUUCUAGCAUAUUUACUCAGUUGUAGUUAUGGUUUGUUAUUAGGAUCCCUGUAACAAGAAUUUGAAAUGGAUAUUUUGUCUAGAUUUAUCUAGAUGUAUAGAGAGAACAUAAUGUACAAAAUUGAUUAAUGUUAACAGUUAAGUUUCAUAGUGGUAGUUCAUUAAGAAGCUGCUUAGUGUUUCUCAAUAUGAUUGAUAUGAUUUUCGUUUUUUGUAACUUUAUUAGAAUUCUGAUAAAGUUUUACCCAGUGACAGUUACAGUUUAAUCAAUAAUACUUGCAAAUUGCGUAGAAGAAAUAUCAGAGCUAUUGUAAUAAGGCAAAGGCAAAAAAAAAAAAAAAAAAAAAAAGUCUGAAUGCUAUUGAUAAAGAAUUAUUCCCACUAAGAGCUUUGUCCCCUGAUUUGCCCCAUGUGUAAUUUGUGAUGUACUUGGUAGAGUUAAGGUGUUUAUGUUAAAACUUCAUAUUUGGCUCCUCUAGCAUUCCACUUAACAUUCCUUGAUAUAUAAUUUUUUUUUUACACAUUGAAAGUUAGUGUUAAUUACAUCAGUGUACAAAAUAUCAUUUGAGCAUCAUUGUUGUAAUAUGGUUAUUUAUGAAAGCUAAUACAUAUCUUUUAUUCAUGAAAACACUGUUGCCAUUUCACAUAUCAGCAUUUAGGGUAAUAACUUUUCAGUAGAUUUUGAUACGGCUGCUUCACUGUUUCCUUUCAUUUCAGUGUAAAUGAGUAGAAUGUAUUGCUUUUUACAAAUUUACACAGCUCUGUAUCAUAUGAUAUAAAGACAAACACUUACUCCUCUGUACAAAAGAUAGAUUAAAGUGUAAAAAAAAGAAGUAAUAAUAAUUUUGUAUGAUGAUCUUAAAAAGUAUUGGGAAAUAUGACACACACAAACACAUAUACACUUAUGCACACACCCCUUCACAAACACACACACACACACGCAUACAUAUUCACAAAGACAUAAAUGGUUCUCUCUUUAUUAAUCAUCACAGAAAUCAGUCCAGUAUUAAUGUUGCAGGGUUGGAAGAGCAGUUCACUAUCAGACCAGUGACCAGUUAUGCUUUGGGAAUUCAUAUUACUGUUGCUGGUAGAAAAACAUUGGGUAUGAAGUAAAAAGUAAGUCAUACAUACUACAGAAACUGACCUAAAGAAGUGGGAGAAAUAAUUUGUGAUGCAGAUUGAGCAAUUUUCAGAUGUUCUUUGUUUUAAUUUCUUGUCGUAUUUGGUGAAUAAGGACAUAAGCAAUUUGCAUAACUGUUACUUUGAUCAUGUUUAUUAUGGAAACAGUAAAGUGCUAAGGAUGUUAGAUUAAAAUAUUUAUGAAAAAUAUAAUAUUUAUGGAUGGCAGUCAUUUCCUGAUGUGUGUUCUUCUGAAAUCUGUUUUUUUUUUUUCUUUUUUACAACUGUAACAAAUUCUGCAAUUAUGAGAAUUAAGUUGUUUCCUGUAUUUCAUAUCAACAACCAAUCAAGGACAGAUAUAAUUUCUGUACAUAAAACGAGAACUUUAUUGGAUUAUUAUAAUAUAGAAAAGGAACUUAUUUUUGAUAGAGUAAAUCAGUGCAUGUGAUAUCAGGUAAGAUAUAGAUAUAUAUAAUUACUGUAUAUAUUGAUACUAAACAAGAAUUGUCAUGGAUAAAAUAGAAGAUUGCAAUGUAUUAGGCAUUGUAGCUAUGAGACUUGGUUCUAAUGAAAGCUUAUGAUGAUGGGUAAAUGUAAUAUAUGUGACAUAAUGUUAAACGAAGAAAUGGUGGGAAUUGAUUUUAUUUGGAAAGACUCUCCCGUCCAAGGCCAGGUGCUUGCUGCUACUGAUUUUCAUGCUUAAGGGAGGAGUUGUUGUCUCUGCAUCAUUUGAAGCAGCGGAAAUCUCUGUCAUCAUGUCAUAGGCGAGACAAAAAGAAAAGUAGAUACCGUCAAGUACAGCUACCAUUGUGAUGGGGCAUAGCAUGUAUAGCACCAUCUGAAUAUCUGUCCUUUUUUGAAAACUUGUUUUCCUCUAAAAUGGAAAUCCAUGUUAAUCUUGUGUGUGUAUAUACCAAUACAACUACUGGUUGCUUUUCUGAAUCACCAAAGAAUUAUCUUGUAAUUAACUUGCACAACCAUUUCCCAGUCCUCUUUAAUUCUAUGGUGAAUAACUUUAUUUAUGAAAAAGUCAAAUUUUAUUUAGUAUAUUUUGGAAUAACAACAUUCCUCACUGUAAGUAUGAUGCAAACAUUCUGUAUUUCACAUGACAGACAAACUGAGAGAAAAGUAUAGAUUUCUUCAUAAGGUUGCUCAUGUGUUGAAUCAUAUGCCAUUUAAUUUCAUGUCAUUUGUUUUAAGAUUAGAUCAUUACUAUUAUUGAUAUUUAAAAGAUGUUAUUUGAUGACUGUUUUUUUUUCUGUGGAAUUUUAUUACUGAUGUACAUUAAGGAAAUAUACCAAUGGACAUAUUAACAUAUUGUAUACACCAGUUGUGAUUAAUAUUUAGAAUAGCAGAGUGAAUGUGUAUGAUGUGUAAACCAAUUACAAGAUUGUGUGCUACAUUUGUUGUGUGCUAAAUUAAGCUAACCAGUUGUUUUCCAAUGGAAAGGGGAUAACACUGUAUGAUUGGGCAAGUUUUGAUGUCCAUUAUGCAUUAAAACCCCGCAUGUGUGAUUCCUCAAAGGGUGCCUUAUUAAAACCAUUCCUACUGCCA